AUGCCUCUUGGUUGGUACUUGGCCCAGGGUCUGAUACCACUAGGACCAAGCAGCAGCGACGAUGAGGAGGGUCCUUGUCAAUUGCCAAAUGGCCGUAUAGUCUGUAGUCCUCACGGCCUCGUCACUUGCCAUAGGUGUUGCAGCGACUACACCGUCAUGGAAGACGUUCUUAGCGAAGAAGAAGGAGAAGAAGAUGAUGAUAAAGAUGAUGAAGAUCGGGAUGCGCACAGCGCGAGAAAUCACCUACAACAGCAGCAGCAGCUACCUCCAUGGCUACCUCCAUGGGGUGGGCUUGCCUAUCGACCCCCGGGUACAUUUCAGGAUGCUCAGCCAGAGGAAACUGAGGCUGAGGCCAUUUAUUGGAAUCUUUCUCCCGAGACCAGAGCCAUCAUAUACCGCGUGUAUGGCCCGCCUCCUCCUCGCCAGACCUCGGACAGUCAGGCGCAGGCGACUCUAAACAGACUCCGUCAAAAUAUGCCUCCGCAUCCUUUUCCAGAGAAAGUGAGAGGCACGGGUCACAUCUUUCCCACAAAGUUCUUUCCGCUCAACACCACCAUUAAACCAAUGGAGCUUUUCCCUGCCACAAUGGAGGAUGAAGGUGGCAUUCUUCGGUACACACAUUUCAACGACCGAGGUAAGCUCCUGGUCUUAACCGAUGGCGCGUGUCUGAACAAUGGCCAACCGAAUCCAAAGGCGGGUUGGUCUGUACAGUCUGGACAGCGCAGCACUGGAGUUCAGGCCUGCUUGGCUGGCCGCCUGGAGACUACGGGUCCUUUCGGCGACGAGAGCGCUCAGACGAGCAACCGUGCAGAGCUCCGCGCCGUCAUUGUCGCGUUGCGUUCCGGGCACUGGCGCCGCCUGCACUGCCACGCCAUUGUCAUUGCCACGGAUUCGGGAUACGUUGUAGAAGGUGCUACGAAGCAUAUCAAGUCUUGGAUCAGAUAUGGCUGGACGACGAGGCAAGGUACAGGCGUCAAGAACAAGGAUCUAUGGGAAUUGCUUCUGGGCGAUGUUGAGAGAUGGGAUCGCGAGGGGGUCAAGGUUCACUUCUGGAAGAUCCCUCGAGAGUGGAACUCUGUUGCCGAUUAUAGUGCCAAGACGGCCGCUGCUGGGGAAAGGGUUUCAGCAGAGUGGCGGGAUCCGGAAGUCUGA